AUGUUAAUUUAUAAUGUAAUAUUGACAAGUAUUGACGUGACGUUACUUUUAAUUUCUGUAACUGUAUAUGUUUUCAUAUGUUGUCAAUUAAUUAAAAGAGAUCCUGAUUUUCCAAUAAAAUUCUAUGGAAUUCUAAUUAUUAAUAAUACUUUUGAAUUUGUAUUUAUUUUUGUUGAAUAUUUUAUUGUUCGUUUACCAUUUUUAAACUUUUUAAAUGAUUGGUAUAGUUCAUUAAAAGUAUUUCCUGGUAUAAUUUAUGGUUUAUCAGUAUACCUUCCUUGUGUUAUUGGAUUUGGACAUUUAACACAAGUUAUCAAUAGAUUUAUUAUAAUAAAAUUUCCUUUUUCAUUUGAAAAAAUAUUUAAUAAAUGGCUAGUUGGAUUUUUAUUUCUUUUACAAUUUUUUUUUCCAUUUAUAAUUUUGGUAUGGUGCUGGAGUGAGACUGGUUCAGUAACUGUUCUAGAAGACAAAUCAGCAACAUAUCUUGAAUUAAAAGACUUUAACAAACAAUAUAAAUCAAUUAUUUUUGGUAUUUGUUCAAUUAUGAUAUCAUGUACUGCUUGUUGUUUUUUUGGAAUAUGGAGUUUUAUAUUAGUGGUAAAAAUGAGAAAUGGAAAAAAUGCCUCACAAUUACGAAGAGAAAUAAAUUUAUUUGUAUUUGUUAGCUUUGAAAUUUUAUCCCAAAUAUUGUUAAUUAUCGUUGCUAUUUUUCAAGUUAUUUCAGGAUCAAUUAGUUAUAAUGAACAAAUAUAUUUUGUAACUUUACAUGUAUAUCCAUUUAGUGAAGAUCUUUUAUGUCUUAUAAAUGGUCUUAUUUUAUUAAUAACAUGUAAAACAGUUAGAAGUAAGUAUUUUCAAUUUUAUGGUAAUAUAUUAGCAUGCCAAAAAUGUGUUUUUAUAAAGUCAACAUUUACGAGGAAACUUAGUUCGAAUCGAAUAAACGCUGCUUUAUCAAACAAUAAUAAUUUUUAA